UUAGGAAUUUUCAGCGGCCCUCUGGCUGCUGGCGCCACGCCCUCGGCGGUGACGUAUACGGAAGUACCGCUACGGAAGCUGGUGUGGCCGCUUCACCAUGGCGACGGCCGCCCCGCGGCGCUUCUGUCGCUGCGCCUGCUUCUGCUCCCAGAACCUGUACGUAGCGCGCUACGGGCUGCACCUGCGCUUCCGGGACGAGCAGCAGCUGCGCCGUGACUACGGCCCGCUUCUGCGCAGCCGUGGUUGUGUCACCUCCAAGGACUUCCAGCAACUCUUGCAGGAGCUUGAGCAGGAGGUCGGGCGCCGCCGCAGGCUGGGACAGGAAUCAGCUGCCAGGAAAGCUUUCAUUGCCUGCUCCUACCACCCAGCCAGGCCUGAGGUCUACAGCUCACUGCAGGAUGCUGCUCUGGCCCCCGAAUUCAUAGCUGCAGCUGAAUACAGUGCGUCCCCAGGCUCAGAUCUUGAGGGCCUCCUCCAGCGCCUGGAGACAGUGUCUGAGGAAAAGCGCAUUUAUCGGGUGCCAGUGUUCACUGCCAAGUUCUGCCAGACCCUGCUGGAGGAGCUGGGGCAUUUCGAGCAGUCGGACAUGCCCAAAGGAAGGCCCAACACCAUGAACAACCAUGGGGUACUGAUGCAUGAGUUAGGCCUAGACGACCCACUGGUGACACCGCUUCGAGAACGUUUCCUGCUGCCUCUGAUGGCCUUGCUGUACCCAGACUGUGGUGGGGGCCACCUUGAUAGCCACCGUGCCUUUGUGGUCAAGUAUGCACUGGGCCAGGACCUGGAACUGGGCUGUCACUACGAUAAUGCUGAGCUUACCCUCAAUGUGGCUCUGGGCAAGGACUUCACAGGGGGUGCCCUAUAUUUUGGGGGCCUCUUCCAGGCACCUGCAGCCCUGAAGGAGACCCUGGAAGUGGAUCAUGUGGUGGGCCAUGGUAUCCUUCACCGAGGUGGCCAGCUGCAUGGGGCUCGACCCCUGAGAACGGGAGAGCGUUGGAACCUUGUCGUGUGGCUCCGGGCGUCCACUGUUCGAAAUCGCCUCUGUCCUAUGUGCUGCCAGAAGCCAGACCUGGUGGACGAUGAGGGUUUUGGUGACGGCUUCACCCGGGAGGAACCUGCCCCAGUGGAUGUGUGUGUGUUGACUUGAGCCUGGUCCCCCCGGAGGUGUGGCAGCAGAAAAUUUGCCACCUUGGGCAGGGAGGGCAGAAUAAACUCCACAGCCAUGCCACUCUGUGGGUCAAAAGGA